AAUAUUAUUGCUUUGCACCUCCAAUGUAGCUGCUGUUCUUGCACUGUCGGUAUCAUUAAUACCUACGAAUUCCUGCGGUAUUGUUUGUAAACUCAAGAUGGGGAUCGUGUUUCGCAAAUACUGUCCCUUCUUCAUUCUUGUUCUCCACACGAAAAACAACAUAAUCGUUUCCCUGUAAUAAAAGAUAAUCCAAGUAGCAGCCACAGUAAAAGAAAAUGCAUGUAUGCGUGGGGUUAAGGAUUCAGAGACGUAUUACAUGUUGAAUCCAGACGGGAACAAUGGCCCUGAACUCAGCAUUUUCUUCGUCAGGCUUUGAUUAAGUUUCAGCGCAAACAUGGACACAUUGAACUGCUGGUCAGGAAGAAGGAUGAAGAGAGAAGGUCAUGACGAUUGACGUUGAAAAAAAAAAUGAUUACUUGUGUAGUAAAUUACUAAAUUGUUGUUGAAUUUUUAUUAGAGAACGAAUUGUUAGUGGGCUGGGCCCUGAUGGUAAGGCUUGUUCCCAUCGUUUAAAUAAGUUGAUUUUCAACAAAAUCCGACCCAGCCCUGUUUUGUUCAUCCUGAUCUCUCUAGCCUUGUACGGAUGAUCCCUCCAAGAAAGGGUUUAAGGCUUCAAGGCUUCAAGCUCCAUUUCUUCGACUCUAAAGCUAGGGUUUAUCGACAAUCUAUCACCACCAUCCAUGUGGACUCUUCGUCGAGCUUCUAAUUCUUUUAGGAAACAUGGCCAAUGCAUUGGGAUUUCUAGGGGUUUCUCUGCUAAGGUUGAAGCAAUAAGUAAUGAUUUUGAUCGCGGAACUAGCAAUUGCAGCACUAAAAAUUUGGUUUCUAGAAAAUGGAUUUCACAAAAGCAGGUCUAUUUUCCAUCUGUUUCUGAUGAGUUCUUUGUGGGGACUCGGAGUCUCUGUUCGCACGCCAGUGCAAGUGUUGGUGAUGACGACGGCACAGAGAGUCGGUUUGCAGAGCUAGGGGAAUCAGCUACGGCUGAGAUUGAUGAAAAAAGUAAUGCUGAGGACAUAGACAGGGAGGAACCACUUUGGGACUUGGAUUUUGUGAAUGAUACUGAAAAGCGUGCGAGUGGUGAGAUGUCUGAAAAGAAGGCUCUGCAAGAUCUAUUGGAUGCCAUUGUGAAAGCUCGGGGCGAUAUCUCCGAAGUUGUCAAUAAAUGGGUGCAGGAGGGAAAUAAUUUGGGCCUUGCAACUCCUAUGACCAUACUCAUUCCCCUUCGUAAGCAGCGGAUGCUUAGGAAAGCGUUACAGUUCUUAGAGCUGUUGGAAGGAAGUAAGCAAUAUAAUUUUAAAGAACACGAUUAUGCUUCUUGUCUUGAUUUGAUUGCCAAAUUACGGACUCUUCAUCAGGCAGAGAAAUAUAUUGAGCGGAUUCCAGAGUCCUUUAGAGGAGAAUUAGUGUACAGAACCCUGUUAGUUAACUGUGUUCGUGCUAUUGAUAGGAAGAAAGCAGAGGCAGUUUUCAACAGAAUGAAGGAGUUGAAGUUGCCAAACAGCAUUCAUUGUUUUAAUCAGAUGAUUAUUCUCUAUAGGAGGCUUGACAGGAUAAGGAUAGCUGAUAUCUUACAGUUGAUGGAGAAGGAAAAUGUCGAGCCUUCUGUACUUACUUACAAGCUCUUAAUAGAAACUAAAGGGGAGUCUGGUGAUAUCAAGGGAAUGGAACAGUUGGUUGAGGCCAUGAAGGCUGCAGGCAUUGAACCUGACGCAGGUACUAUAGCUAUAUUGGCUAAGUACUACGUUAAAGCAGGGCUUAAAGAUAGAGCAGAAAGUCUUUCACAGGAAGUUGAAGAAAGAAACCUGAAGGGAAAUGAAAGUGAACGCAAAGCACUGCUUCUUUUCUAUGCUUCUCUUGGAAAGGCUGAUGAAGUUGGCAAAAUAUGGGAUAAUUGCAAAUUGGAACCCAAGAUAGAUGAAUUUCAUGUUGCUAUAGAAGCAUGGGGUAGAAUGGGCAAAAUAGAGGAAGCAGAAGCAGUUUUUGAAAUGAUGCUUGAGAAAUGGACGAAAAUCUCCUCUAGGCAUUACUCAAUACUUUUAAAUGUCUAUGUCAACCAUAAGCUACUCAGUAAAGGGCAGGAAUUAAUAAAGCGGAUGUCAGACAGCGGGUGUCGACUAGGCCGUUUAACUUGGCAUGCAUUAGUGAGGCUUAAUGUUGAAGCUGGUCUGGUAGCGAAAGCUGAUUCGAUUUUACAGAAGGCAACUCAACGAAACCAGAUGAAGCCUUUGUUCAAAACUUGUUUGUUUCUCAUGGAGCAGUAUGCAAAGCAAGGUGAUGUUCAUAACACACAGAAGUUGUUCGACAAAAUGAGGCAGUAUGGGUACGGUGGACGUAUUAAGCCAUUCGAGGUUCUCAUUCAGGCUUACGUAAACUCAAAAACUCCUGCCUAUGGUUUCCGAGAGAGGUUGAAGGCAGACAAUCUUUUCCCUAACAAAACACUCUCAGCUCAGUUAGCGCGAGUAGAUGCAUUUAGGGAGAAUGCAGCGUCUGAUCUGCUCGACUGACAAGGUAGUUUAUUGCUACAAGUUGAUUUAUUAUUGUCGAAAAGAAAUUUGCACAGUUAAGUAGACACUGAUUUAUUUUUGUACAUUAUUCACUAAGAAACCUAGAGUGCGUUUGGUUUACUUGUUUUCUAAGCGUUUUUUGUUU